UGGUGUGUGGGAGAGCGUUUCUAUAAAGUGUGUCGCGGAGCGGCACCUGGCAGCAGCCUCUCACCACUUCCUGUUCACUUUCGGGGCCAAACUUCAGAGGAAGAGGCGCUGCUGCUUCUUCUCCACCAGGUCUGACGGAGACGAGCUGCUGUGAGAUGGAGCUGCGGACUUGGGUCUGGGGCUUGCUGGUCCUCACUUCGGUGCUUCCCUCAGCAGAGGCCAUGAACAUUUCGGACCCUCGCCUGUGUUACAUCCUGGACGGGUUCCUGGGACUCUACGGUCUCAUUGUUACCGGCAUGUUCAUCAAGGAGAAGUUUUUCAGAACCAAGGUGAAGGUGAAGGAGGAGAGCCUCUACUCUGACCUGAGGGGUCAGGGUGCUGAUGGAGGUUAUGACCUGCUGAAUAUGGAUGCAGAGAGAGGAAGAAACCGUAGGGUGAUGGAUGACUCCACCUACACGGAUCUUCAGAAACGUUCUGAAGGAGCCUACCGAGAACUUCCAGUUAAACGAGAGCGUCCGAAGAAGGGAGAGCAAGUUUACCAGGGUCUGAGUUCGGCCACCAGAGACACCUACGACUCCCUGCAGAUGCAGCCGCUUCCUCGUCACUAAGGCUAAUGGACCAACCAGCUGUUAUCAGAUGUUUAACUGAAGUUAACACUUUCAUCCAUCCAGAAGUGAACAUUUUUAUGUUUUCAUUUUUGUUAAAUUCUCUUUUUGAAACACUUAACUGGAUGAUAAAAUUGUGUUUUCAGGUGAUAUUAUAAAAACCCUUUUGACCAUUUAGUUCAAAACAAAAAUGUUUCUUUUAUUUUAAACCAACAAACCAGAUCAGCUUUAGGGAGUUGACUCAUAAAUUAACUGGAGGAAACUAAACAAUCACUAAUGGUUCUAAAGUUUGUAUUUUUAUCAGAGUUAGUGAGAAACCUCCAUCCUAUCAAAUGACCCAAACUUUACUGACUUUUAUUCUAUUUAUUGUAAAUAGUUAACUCCAGAUCCUAAAUUAUUUUAUACAGAAAUGCAGAGCUGCCCCUCCCCCACCCCAAAUAAAAAUAGAGUGAUAUUAUGUCGUAACAUAAUUGUAUUGUUCCAACAAUAUUUUUCACAUUAUCAUAAUGUAAUAUAAUGUUUUUACAAUAUAAAAAUUUAUCACAAUUUCACAAAGAAAAAAUAAUCUUCAAAGGUGAAAAUGAUAUUGUUACAAUAAAACAAUCCUAAUGUGAUAUCUCUCUAACGUUAUGUUGCACGGUAGCUCUGUUUCCAAAUAUUUACUUUAAUUAGAUUUAAAUAUUUUUGUGUUUGUAUAAAAUGUAGUUGUGAACGACAUUUUGAUCAUGUUUAGACCCAAAUUUGAAUUAAAAGUUAAAUUAUUCACAUUUAAAUCACUUUAACCAUCCCUAAACGUAUCCUCCUCCUGAAUAAUGAAACGUAUAAGAGAGUUGAUGGAAGCUCGCAGCUUUUAUGGAGGUUAAAAUUAUUAUUUUAUUUUUACAUGUUAAAAAGUAAAAUAAACACAAAGUCUUGAAAGUUUAGAAAAACAUUUUCAUUUAGUUAAAACUGAAUCUGUUAAAGAACAGCAAAAAAUAUUUAAGAAAUUAAAAUUGUAUAAAGUAAAUUAUGAUAAUUUGUUUGAAUAAAUAGCUGCAAAAACAAAAUGAAAAAUAAACAUUGAACAUUUUUUUAAACUAUUUUUUGGUGCACAAGUUAGAAUUUCUGCUUUAAUUUGUCUCAUUUUUGUUGAGAAUAGUACAUUUAUUUAUUGUCACGAUGAACAUUAAUGCAGCUAAUUCAAAGGUUUAAAACCUGAUAAAUAUGAUUUGUCUUCGAGAACUUUGUCAUUUUAGACUAUUUGGGUUUCCGUACUUUAAGCUCUUAUUUGUUUUCAUAGAAAACAUCAAAGAGAUUGUUGGUUUUCUCUUCUGUACUUUUAAAUCAUUCCAUAUGUGUUGAAACGUUGUGAUUUUGUACUUUUGUGUUUUUCCUGAGAAUUUCUGCUGUUUUUGGUGCUUUUACAUAAAUGUCCUGCUUCGCAUGGCUAUUGUUGUUCGUUAAAGCCAUCAACAUGCAUAAAUAGGUUAAAGCUUAAUUGAAGAACAUCUGAGAAGAAUAAAUGUAGUCUUUGCUUUCUAGAUAAGAAGUGACUCUAUGCUUUCACCUGGUGGAGAGAAAGUAGAACAUCUUUAUAAAUAAAUGAAACUUUAUGUCGAAAUGAAGUCUGUUUGUCUCCAUCAGAACCCGAAGAAACAGCAAGGCCACCUUAAACGAUGAUUGGUGUGGUCGACGUCAAAGUGCAGAAUGCCAGAAGAUACCAGAACAUCAUCCUUUUUCAACGUUCACAGUUGAAAUUUAAAAAGUACUUUGUCCUGAAUAAAUAAUUACAAAACCAACAUUGCCACUGAAACCAAAACAAGCUGGAGGUGUGUGGAAACCUUCUCUUCCGCUCAGAUGGUAAACAAAAGAAUCAGGCCCUUUGAAAGACUUUAACUUUGUUUCCUUUACAUCCUUAAAUCAAAACACAAAUUUCAUAUUUUUUACCAGCUUUACUUGUCCAGGGCACCAUCCACCUGAGAAACCCGAGAAAUCACAAUUAAUUCAGAAAAAAAAUAUAUAUAUAUAAAAAAGAAAAGAAUUGCUGAGAUUACUGAAGGAUCCUCCCCUACAAUAUAUAUUUUUAACUACUGUUUUCUUUUAAUGACAGCCUUGAGUCUGUCGGGAUACUUCUCUAUCAAUGUUGUACAGAACCUUUGAAGUUGUGUCCAAUUGGAUGGGGCAGAGGCACACCCCCACACCAGGAUGCUGCCACCUCCAUGCUUUACUGUAGUUAUGGUGUGUUGUGGACGGUGGAUUUACACCAUGUGUACUGUUUGAUGCACUGAGACCAAAUGGUUCAAUUUUGGUCCCAUCUGACCAUCAGACUUUUCUCCAUUUGGCAUCAGGAUCUUCUAGGUGCAUUCUGGCAAAGCUCGCAUCAGCUUUAAUGUGGCCUUUCUUGAGACGUGGCUUUAUUUUCUUUAAUUUAAUUAAUUCUUGAUAAAGGAUUAAGGAAGUUCAUCUUUCUUGUUUGAUUCUUUAAACUUGGUCUUUGAAAAAGGUGUUAUUUAUUUUUGUAAAGAUAUUUGUAGAAUUGACCUAAGCCAUCAUUUCCUGGGUAUUUAUUACUCUUAGGAGGACCAGUAGAGUUACUGUAACAGAUGUCUCACCAGUUGUCUUGAGGUAAUUUUUAUGGUGUUAGCAUCAUCUUUCGGUCCCAUUAGAAAUUAGUCCAUAUUAUCUUCAUUUUCUGGAUCAGCUCAGCUGCAUUCAAUUCUUGGUCACAUUUUCAAACUAAGAUUUUCAUUCUAACAAAUCAGAUUAGUGAUUGUGAUUUUAUCAAUGGAUGAUUGUUCAAAGUUUAUUUUCUCUCCAACCACUUCCUUCUGGAUCUUAGAAGAGCUCUUGUGGCUUUAUCUUCAUAUAUUGUAUCAAGCUCCAAUUGUACUGUUGGGUAUUUCUUCAAUCCUGUUCAGUUGGAUUGAGUUUCUCAGAUAAUUUCAUAAUUUUAAACACGACUUCUACGCCCUUUUAAUGACAUAGAGCUUGUUCAAGAUGAGCCAGUUCUGCGCAGAUUAGAUCACCGCUGAUCGGCGCGCAGUGCAUGCUGGUUAGAUUUGUGCCUGACUUAACGCCGACUUGCUCUGACAUCAUGCACACGUAGGCAACGAUACCCUCGUGAGAUCAAGGCGGCCGCAGAUUUUGGAGCAAGGCGUUGCAGUUGCUCUCCACCGGCUGCAAAAUUUAGGGCAUGACGGGAAACGCCUGGCUUUCACCUGAUCUAAGAUCUGAUUGGUUCACAUUUUGAUCCAAACAUCUGGUGGUAGAAUGCAAAAUGUUAGUUGGUCACAUGCAUUCUGUAAAUCAUGUUACGUUGAUGAUGACAACUAUAUAGGCCAUAAAGAGAAAUGUGUUUUGUGUUAUUUGUCACGUUUC